GAAUUGUAUACCCACACCUCCAUUAAGAUGUCGCUGUCCCACUGGCAAGUCACUGUGACAUGCGGCGGAAUUGGAAUCCUCUCAGUGCUUGCUCUCUGGAAGACGUUUGGAGGCUCAUCAAGAAAAUACAGUGUUGACCUUGAUGGCCCCAAGGAGGCCCACUGGCUGACAGGGAACGUCCGGAAAUUGUUCGAAUGUGGCCUUGACUAUUCCGUGAAAUUGGCUGAACAGUAUGGCGGUGCGCUCAAGCUAUCAAGUCUAUACGGGGAAGUAGUGUAUCUAUCUGAUCCACUGGCAUUGUAUCAUGUUAUCAUAAAAGAUCAGCAUAGCUUUGAAGAACCUGAUGUAUUUAUCAUGAACAACAAGGCAAUAUUCGGAGAUGGUCUAAUAUCCACUAUCGGAGAGCAGCAUCGAAAACAGCGCAAGCUACUCAACCCUGUCUUCUCGACCUCGAACAUGCGAGAAUUACUACCUACAUUGCAACCUAUUGCGCACAAGCUGACCUCUAUCGUCGCAUCUAAACUUCCGGACGAUGGAUCAUACAAAGAGAUCGAUGUGCUCCCUUUGCUAUCUCGCAGUGCACUUGAUGGCGUUUGUCAGGCGAUUCUUGGUUAUCCAAGCAAUACUUUAGAUACGGGAAACGACGAAUAUACUGAAGCACUCCGGAAGAUAAGCCCCAUGAUAUCAAAGCUAUUGUAUUUCCGGCCAAUUGUGCCUAUGGUUAUGCGCAACUUCUCAUCAUACUGGAUAAGGAAGCUUGUGAAUUUGGUCACGGCGCCCUGGAUUCCCACUAACAAGAUGAAAGAUGUACGAGAGAUGCGACGAAUCAUUGAACUCAUGGACAGUGGUAGCAAGAAAGCUUUUGCGGGGAAAAAGGCAGCACUAGAGACACCAGUUACUUUAUCCCCGACUAAUGUGCAGCCUGAAGUCGAUGAUCUCAAAUCGGGUAGGAGGAAAGAUAUGAUGGACAUCAUGCUCAACGCAAACUCUGCGUCUUCCAGUUCAGAGCAACUCACCGAUGCCGAGCUAUUGGGACAAAUGAAUGUUAUGGUAUUUGCUGGCCUAGAUACGACUACCUCCGCUCUGUCUCGUUGCGUUUACCUACUCGCCAAGAACCCACUCGCCCAAGCUCGAUUGAGAAGUGAAAUUCGUGAUGCCAUCAAGUCUGCGUCUCACGCACAGGAAGGUCCUUCGUUUUCCGAGCACGACAAUCCACUCCUUCACUUGUCAUACGAUGCGCUAAUAAAUCUCCCAUUCCUCGACGCAGUUGUCAGAGAGACAUUGCGGCUUUAUCCUUCUCUACCGCACAUGGGCCGAAAAGUGGUCAAGGCAACUACUCUUCCUCUUCAAUUCCCUGUUCGCUCGUCAUCCGGAGCAGAAAUAUCUUCCAUUGCGCUAAAUGAAAAUAUGUUCAUUGUCAUCUCUAUUUUAGCUGCAAACCGCAAUCGAACUUUGUGGGGUGAUGAUGCGAAUGAGUGGAAGCCUGAGCGAUGGCUUUCUUCCCUGGGGAGAAAGGAUGGGCUAGGCACGGAUAUACCCCCCGAUAGUGCCGACGUACCGUUAUCGAAGUUAUCCGCACCUAUCCUUGGGGUUAAAGAUGGCAUCAAGUAUCCUGGUGUUUAUUCCAACAUGAUGACUUUCCUCGGCGGCAGUCGUUCCUGCAUCGGGUUCAAGUUCGCCGAAAUGGAAAUGAAGCAAAUCAUUGCCGCGGUCGUGCUUCGUCUGCAUUUUUUGCUCCCAACUGAUCCGGAUGCCAACGGACAUAUCAAAGAAAUUGAGUGGAAGUUGAAGGCAUUUCAUACACCUGUCGUUAACCCACCAGCUGGAGAUGGGGUAUCUCCUGCGGUUCCUCUCAACUUUCGACUGGUGCAAGAGGAAGACUUUAACUGGUAGGAUUGUAUUUAUCUUCGUGGUGUGGAUGCUCUGUGUUUUGGUAUAUGCUCUGACGCUCUGUAUAAUAUUUAUUCUCAAACAUUGUGCAUGCUUACUGGUUACUAGUUGGUUUAACUCUACCGCUACUACAGUAUAUAUAUUUAAAAUUGAUAUCAAUGUGUAUACAAAGGGAAUCGAGAAAGCCAUGGUUAUGAACCUCUUCAUCGCAUACGAGCCUGCAGUGCGAGGUCACAAUCAAU